AUGCGACGGGGCCUACAUCAACGGCAAUGGCGCGAUGCCGACAACCAGGAAACCCUGCCGGUGAGCGAUCCCGCCACCGGCCAACUCAUCGGCAGCUGCCCAACAUGGCGAGGCCGAAACCCAGCGGGCGAUCGACGCCGCCAGCAGGCGCUGGAAGGCUGGCGCGCGCUGCCGGCACAGCAACGCGCCCAGCUGCUGCGCCGCUGGUUCGAACUGAUGCUGGAACACCAGCAGGAUCUGGCCAGCCUGAUGACGCUGGAGCAAGGCAAGCCGCUGGCGGAGUCGCUGGGCGAGAUCCGCUACGCCGCCUCCUUUAUCGAAUGGUUCGCCGAACAGGCCAAGCGCACCAAUGGCGACAUCAUUCCCUCGCCGAGCGGCGAUAAACGCCUGAUGGUGCUGAAACAGGGCAUCGGCGUGUGCGCGGCGAUCACGCCCUGGAACUUCCCGGCGGCGAUGAUCACCCGCAAGGCCGCGCCGGCGCUGGCGGCCGGCUGCACGCUGGUGGUCAAACCCGCCAACGAAACCCCUUACUCGGCGCUGGCGAUGGCAGAGCUGGCCGAGCGCGCCGGCAUUCCCGCCGGGGUGUCAACGUGGUGACCGGCAACUCGCAGGCGAUCGGCGCCGAGCUGACCGCCACCCGCAGUGCGUAAGCUGAGCUUUACCGGCUCCACGCCGGUGGGCAGGCUGCUGAUGCGCCAGAGCUCGGACACCAUCAAGAAAGUGUCGCUGGCUGGCGGCAACGCGCCGUUCAUCGUGUUUGACGAUGCGGACAUCGAUGCCGCAGUGGAAGGCGCGCUGAUCGCCAAAUACCGCAACGCCGGGCAGACCUGCUUUUGUGUCAAUCGGUUCUACGUGCAGCGCGGCGUUUACCCACAGUUGCCGAGAAGUUUGUCGCCCGCGUGGCGGCGCUACAGGUCGGCAACGGCUUCGAACCGGCGUACAGAUCGCCCGCUGAUCAACCGCAAGGCGCGCGACAAGGUGCUGGAGCUGCUCCAUGACGCGCUGAGCAAAGGCGCUCAGGUGCUGACCGGCGCCACGCCGCACGCGCUGGGCGGCAAUUCUUCACGCCGAGGUGCUGGGCGACGUGCAGCCCGCUCGCUGCUGCUGGAAGAAGAGAUCUUCGGCCCGGUCGCGCCGCUGGUGGUGUUCGAUGACGAAGCCGAGGCGAUCCGCCAGGCCAACGACACCAUUUACGGCUUGGCCGCCUACUUCUACACCCGCGAUGCGGCGCGCAUCUGGCGCGUUUCGGAGCGGCUGGAGUACGGCAUGGUCGGCAUCAAUACCGGCCUUAUCUCCAACGAGGUAGCCCCGUUCGGCGGGGUGAAGCAGUCGGGUCUGGGGCGUGAAGGCUCCGAAUACGGCAUCGAAGACUAUCUGGAGCUCAAAUACCUGUGCCAGGCGGUAUAA